UGGUAACCUUAGCUAUGUUUGGAUAUUAUUUAAUGUUGUGAAUCAACUGUAACCUAAGAACUACUUUAUACUGACUUAUCUGUAACCUGGGGUUAACAGAACAUUUUUGAAUGUCACUCAGCGCUCUCUGCAAUAUAUCCUCCCUGAUUGUAAUAUUGAGAUACUUUUCCCAUUUUCUUUAAUCAAAGAUGUGUAUAUUUACUCAAAAAAAUUUUUUUACUAAUGAAGAGAUUAAAUGUUUAGAUUCUGGGGGCCCCAUUAAGAUUUUAAAUGAAUCAUUUUCCAAAGGGAGACAGUUAAAUGUUGGGAUAUUUUGUCUGACAAAACUAGGGCUGUCCCAAACGACAAAUUUUCUCCCGAUUAGUCAGCCGACUAUUUUUACGAUUAGUCGACUAAUCUUAUAAUUAAAAAUUAUUUUUUUUUACUAAUUUAGCAAUGAAAUUUUUGUUGCCGCUUAUCAAUUCACAAAAACAUUUUGGAACACUUAAAUUCUUUAUUAAAGUACAAAUAAACAGAUAAAUAACAAUAAUAAAUCACAAAUAAACAAUGAGUUCAAAUGCUGAUAGAAUUAACUUGUGCAAAAGAAUGGAAUGUAAACAGAUUCAGAACACUAACUUCACCUUUCCAACAUGAUUCAAAACAAUUCUAAAAAUACCUAGCAUUAAUAUUAUAGUAUACUGUAGUACUAUAUAUAAUAGUAUUAUAAUAAUUAUUCAUUGCCAAUCAGAAUUUUCAUAAAGGGUGUCAUUUUAAAGGUAUUCUUAGUGUAGAAUCUGAAGUAUGUUGGAUAAACUCGAGAAAUCAUUAUUUAUAUGACGAACAUGACAUGCUUUUAUUUUGAAAUGUUCACCGGAAGUACGUUCGCUAAACCGCUAAUUUAAGCUUGACACUCCGCAAAAAAACCCCACUUUAUGUCAUUGCAUGUGGUGUCAGUAAUAGAUUUUUUUUUUUUCCUUUUGCAAAUGCUGUUAACCAGUGAUUUUUCAUGUUUGAAGCGUCACCUUUUAACUGCAAGUUUUGGAGAAGGCUGCCUGUUUUAUAGAGAACACCGGUUAAAUGUCCCGGAGGUGCCACUGUCAAAGAUCUUUACCCUGAGAAGCACAAGCCCCUCUAUGUUAAACAGGAGUCGGAGAUGCCGUACAUCAAACAGGAGGCGGAGCCAGAGACACCCAGCAUUAAAGAAGAACAGGAAGAUGAAAUCCCCACGUUUCCGAUGACAGUCAGUGUGAAGAGUGAAGAAGAUGAAGGUCCAAGCGAAAAGAGAGGAGCAGCGAAACCUUCGAGCGACGGCUCAUUUCAACACUCGGCAACAAAAAGAGAGGGACAAUCGCAACCUGACUGUUUGUUAGCGCCGCUCUCGGACAGUGACGACGUAACGUCACACUCUUCUGACUUUCUCACUGAUGAGGAGGAUAAUGACUUAAACCAAAAUGCUUCAAAAUCCUUCAACAAGUCCUCAUUGAAAAGAAACACAAAAGCAGUUAGGAAACAUUUUCCCUGCUCACUUUGUGAUAAAACAUAUUCUCAAAAACAUCACUUAAAAAGACACAUGCAUACGCACACCGGGGAGAGGCCAUUUGGCUGCACACUUUGUGGUAAAAGAUUCACCGACAAGGCAUAUUUGAACGAACACUCAACAACACACACCGGAGAGAAGCCUUUUGAAUGCUCUCUUUGCGAUAAACGAUUUUGUACAAAGAAACUUUUAACAAGACACUCGCAUACACACGCUGGAGAAAAGCCUUUUGUCUGCUCGAUUUGUGGUAAAAGAUUCGCUCAGGAGAGAACUUUAAACAUACACGCAAGAUUGCACACUGGAGAGAAGCCUUUUACCUGCUCAAUUUGUGGUAAAACAUUCGCACAGAAGAGAACUUUCAACAGACAUGCAAAAACACACUCUGGAGAGAAGCCUUUUGUCUGCACAAGUUGCGGUAAAAGAUUCACCGAGAAGGGAGAAUUAACCCAACACAUGAAAACGCACAGUGGAGAGAAGCCUUUUGGCUGCACGCUUUGUGAUAAAAGAUUUUUUACGAAGCAAGAGUUAACAAGACACACGCGUACACACACGGGUGAAAAGUCUUUUAUCUGCACAUCUUGUGGUAAAAGAUUCUCAGAGAAGGCACGUUUAAACCAACACACAAUGACACACACUGGAGAGAAGCCUUUUCCCUGCUUAGUUUGCCAUAAAAGAUUCUCUCGGAAAUUCGUACUAAACUGUCACACUAAAACACACACAGGAGAAAAGCCAUUUCCCUGCUCGGUUUGCCAUAAAACAUUCUCUCGGAAAGCUGUACUAAACUGUCACACUAAAACACACACUGCUGAGAAUUAUUUUGCCUGCUCACUUUGUGAUAAAAGAUUUUUUACAAAGGCACAUUUAAACAUUCACACAAGAUCACACACUGGAGAAAAGCCCUAUAUCUGCACAUUUUGUGGUAAAGGGUUCAAAUGGAAAGUAGACUCAAUCAAACAUGCAAAAAAACACACUGGAGCUAUCAGUUGAUGGGAAACAUGGUGCCGAUCCAUAUGGAGCCUAUUUUCAAAAACUUAAAAUUCAAAUAUUUUCAAAACCAACGCCGCUAGCGACCUAAAACCAAAACAAGCACCUCCCUUAGGCAUAUUAUGUGUCUCCAUGAUCAGCGACACACAAAAAAUUCAGUCGUCCCCUAAUAGGACCUAAUAGUUGGACCACAUUACACCGGUUUUGAAAUCCUUACACUGGCUUCCAGUGAGUCAAAGGAUAGACUAUAAAAAACUACUGCUGGUCUACAAAACACUUAAUGGCCUUGGACCAAAAUACAUGCUUGAUUUGUUGUUAGAUUCCUAUGAAACAUCUAGACCCCUAAGGUCGUCUGGAACCGGUCUCCUGUAUGUUCCAAGAAUCAAGCAGGGUGAGGCAGCAUUUAGUUAUUAUGAUCCUCGCCUCUGGAACAAGUUAUCUGAAGGUCUGAAGUAUGCUCAAACUGUUAGCUCCUUUAAAUCAGAGAUAAAAACGCUUUUGUUUACCACUGCAUAUUCAUAACUGUUUAUAUAUGUCAAUCUAUUUGCUUUCUAUUCCUCUUGUGCUUAUCUCCAUUGCUGAUCUCAAUUAUUAGCAGCAGUAGUAGUAUUUAUUUUAUUUUUUAUUCUAUUCGUGAUCAAAUGCGAUUUUUAUGUAAAAAUUUUUAGGGUUGUUCCGAUCAUGUUUUUUUGCUCCCUAUCCGAUCCCGAUCGUUUUAGUUUGAGUAACUGCCGAUCUGAUAUUUCCCGAUCCGAUUGCUUUUUUUUUUUUUUUUGCUCCCGAUUCAAUUCCAAUCAUUCCCGAUAAUGUUUCCCGAUCAUAUACAUUUUGGCAAUGCAUUAAGAAAAAAAUGAAUAAAACUCGGAAGAAUAUAUACAUUCAACAUACAGUACAUAAGUACUGUAUUUGUUUAUUAUGACAAUAAAUCCUCAAGAUGGCAUUUACAUUAUUAACAUUCUUCUGUGAGAGGGAUCCACGGAUAGAAAGACUUGUAAUUCUAAAAGCAUAAAUGUGACUUUGUAUAUUGUGACUAAAUACUGCCAUCUAGUGUAUUUGUUGAGCUUUCAGUAAAUGAUACUGUAGCUAUUUAAUUGUUCUGCCCAAAUGCAUGAUGGGAAGUGCAACCAUGACUGUGCAAAGUGGCACCAAUUGAUAUAUCUUCUCUGCGUUGGGAAAUAACAUAGGGUGUUAAGAAAAAGAUCAACUACUACCUUUCUUCCCCACAUUGCUUCCCACGAUAUUUCUAAUUGUUGAGAGAGGGAUUGUAAGGCUUUAGCCAAUUAAAAAAAGGCUCUAAAGGCUGCCAAAAUUCACUCUACUCAUUUUACGCUGCCUUUAAGCUCUAUAUAUAGGUAAAACGGCGCUAUUACAGAUCGAACGCGACGUUGCGUGAGUGGGUCGUGCAGCGCAUGCAUUGAUUGCGUUAAAUACUUUAACGCGAUAAAUUUGAUAACCCUACUUUAAGCCAAAACUAAAGACUCUGGAUGAGUGUAAGACAUUUGGUCUGUAACGUUAAUACAAUCAGAAAACGAUUUAAUUUAAAAAUAUAUAUAUUUUAAAAAGGCUUGUCCGAUAUUUUUUUGCCGAUUCCGAUACUUUGAAAAUGACGUGAUUGGACCCAAUCGAUCAGGACGCCAAUCGAUCAGGACAUCUUUAAUAAUUUUAUUUCCUAUUUCGAUUAUCUGUUUUUACGUUCUAUUGAUUUAUAAUGGGAUUUUUAUGAUCUUCAUGUGAUGUAAAGCACUUUGAAUUGCCUUGUGUUGAAUUGUGCUAUAUAAAUAAAUUUGCCUUGCCUUGUUUCAUAAAAUCCCGAUUAAUAAUUUUUUUUAUACAAGUAUAACAAAACUUAAAAUGGCUUUAAAGUUCUCAAAUUUUACGAUAGAUGCACAAAAAUCACCAAAUGCAGAGAUAAUCACAUUUUCAAGAUCAAUAGCAUUAUUUAACAUAUACAGUGGGGAGAACAAGUGUUUGAUACACUGCCAAUGGGUUUACUUGUUCUCCCCACUGUAAGCUUUUGCCCAAAAUAGCAACUUAAUUAUUUUUAUUUAGUGCAAUUUUGACAUGUUUUCAACAGCUCAUAAAUCAAUUUUCCCAUCAGAAGCUUGAUCCUCGAGGAAAGCAUGCAGAAUCAAUUUUACUCAAGAAAAGAGAAAUUUGCAUUUUUUUCUGUGUACAAUCACAACUUAUUUGGGUUGAAUUCCGACGUUACUAUUGCCUCACCACAUCUUACCAGCUGUCUGGCCCUCGUCGUUUUUAGAUUGAAAUGUUACAUAAAAUAAAACCCGUAAAAGCAGAAAUGUCUAAAUUACUACUUUUUUGCCAAAAAAUGGGCAUUUGGCCAAAAACUGUAAAGUUAUGCUACUGUAUAUGGAUACAACAUGGCGGCCAUCACAAAACAGCUUUUUAAGUUUAAAAUUCUUGUAAAUAAAUGCGUAAAUCUGGGAAUUUCUAAACGUAAAACAGGCUAGAUUCUUGGUUAAAAGCAAAAAAAAACGGGCAGUUAUUGUUCAUUUUAUGUAAAUAUUUCAAGCUAGAGUUAAGCAAUUUUUCCCCCAUUUUUUUCACAACGUUUCAAAUUUCAUGCAUGGUGCUAUUUUAUAUGAUAUUUACCUUGAAUCCUCAACCAAAUCACUCUUGAGACACUGUUGUCUACUCGUAUCCAUUAAAACUUUAUCCUGUUUCCACUUAAAUUCGGCGUUAGCACACAGUGUUUGUUUGGGUUCAUCACAGUGAAAGCUUCCACGACGCUCUGCCUGGCCGGCCCCCUACGGGAAGCCGUGGCGCAAUGUCUGUAGGAGCUGUCUCGUCAACUGAUCGUGAAGUCUAUGCUUUUCCCUGCUCAGUUUGUGAUAAAAGAUACACCUGGAAGGAAGAUUUCAACAAUCACGCAAGAAGACGCACCUAAUUUACUUACGGCUAGUCACAAUUUUACAUCUUGAUUGUCAGCGUUUUGAAAUACUUUGAUGCUUCCCGUCUUUUUGUAGUUGUUUGUCCAAUUUCAAAAUUUUAUCUGAAUAGUUUCAGGGAAGAUGUCUAAUAAUUUGAAAUCUGCUUCAUUGUAGAAUGCCUGGACCUUUUUAUUGUUAGUAUCAAACAUUGUUGUUCAUUACUGACUUCUUUCCUUUAUUGUAACUGUUUUCAGAGCUCUGUUUUAAAAAUAUGAGUUGUGUAUACCAGUACUCUGUGCAUUGCAUUAAUUUACUUAAUUGGACGACUAUGGUAAAGUGCUUACAAUAAAUUA